GGGUACUGAAACUUGUACCUCAGCAUCAUGGCAGUUGAGACACGACGCGACCACAGUUCCUGCUCGAGCAUCCCUUUCUACGAUCCGGAAUCGUCUCUUCGACACAGUGUCCAUAUAAAUUAAUUGUAACGGCCCGAUAGGCGCGUUUUGUCAUUCUACACAUUGCUGGGAAGCUUUGGCUGCGACCCGACCACACUGACAUGCCAAGUUGACGGACACCUAUACGUUCGACGAUGAGCGUUUCGGCACCAGGUUCGCACUUUCUGCGUAGUGUUCUGUAUCAACUUGUAUGUCGUGGCCCUCGCCGUGUACCGACCAUAAUCACAGAGCACCGAAACCGCUUUCACCUGCCUCCUGUUGCAGCCGUACGUUCGCAAGGUUUCCAUGGGGGCUGUGGACUGGCAUUUGCAGCGCCGAGAACGCCAGACAGCCACGCUUAUCCCAAUCUCGAGCGGCGCAUUGCGUCUAUUCCCAUUGAGCGCUAUCGUAACUUUUGCAUCGUUGCUCACAUCGAUCAUGGUAAGAGCACGCUCAGUGAUCGUCUCCUCGAGUUGACUGGGACGAUUUCUGCCAACGCCUCGAACAAACAGAUACUGGAUAAACUGGACGUGGAGCGCGAACGUGGCAUCACCGUCAAAGCACAGACUUGUACCAUGAUAUACAACUACAAAGGACAGGACUAUCUUCUACACCUAGUCGACACACCCGGGCACGUUGAUUUCAGAGCCGAGGUGACGAGAUCUUAUGCAAGCUGCGGUGGUGCACUGCUGCUAGUGGAUGCGAGUCAAGGUAUUCAGGCUCAAACUGUGUCAAAUUUUCACCUCGCAUUUGCGCAGGAUCUAGCAUUGAUACCUGUUGUCAACAAGAUUGACAUGAUCUCUGCCGACACUCCUCGUGUUCUCGAGCAGAUAGAGUCGUCGUUUGAACUUAACCCCAAAGAUGCCGUGCUGGUAUCGGCAAAGACUGGUAAGAAUGUUGCAAGUAUUUUACCCCAAGUCGUGGAGCGGAUACCUGCUCCUGUCGGAGAUUCGUCAGGCCACCUUCGCCUGCUCCUUGUUGACUCAUGGUACGACAAUUUCCGGGGUGUCAUCUUGCUUGUUCGUGUCUUUGACGGUCAGGUACAAGCUGGCGAUCAACUUGUAUCACUCGGGACUGGUAACAAAUACACCGUAGGCGAAGUCGGAAUCCAGUAUCCUAGUGCCGUGCCGCAGAGCGUCCUGCGAGCCGGACAGGUAGGAUAUAUUCACUUCAACCCUGGCAUGAAACGCAUUCAAGAUGCCAAGCUCGGUGAUACGUUCACGACGGUUGGGAAUGAGGAUUCGGUUGUCCCAUAUCCAGGAUUUGAAGAACCCAAACCCAUGGUGUUUGUUGCUGCUUUCCCAGUGGAACCGAAUGACUACAGCCGUCUUGCUGACAGCAUCAGCCAGUUGGUGCUGAAUGACCGCAGCGUGACAUUACAGAAGGACUUCUCUGAAGCCUUGGGGUCCGGAUGGCGGCUUGGAUUCUUGGGGAGCUUACACUGCUCUGUUUUUCAAGAUCGUCUCCGUCAGGAACAUGGUGGAAGUGUGAUCAUCACAGACCCCACCGUGCCUACAAAGGUGGAAUGGCAAGAUGGUACCGAGGAAAUAUUCCAGAAUCCGUCUGAAUUCCCGUCCACAGAUGAUCAUCGCAUGCGUGGCGCCACAACGUACGAACUAAAGGGCUAUGCUACAUUAGACUACGAGGACGCUGGUUGGCGACCCAGUCAGCUUACCAAUUUGCAGCUUCUUGUCAACAAAGCUCCAGUCGAUGCUAUCUGUAGGGUCAUUCAUGUGUCCCAAGCUGAGCGACUGGGCCGUCAAUGGGUGACCAAGUUCAAGGAACACGUGGAUCGGCAAAUGUUUGAAAUCGUGAUCCAAGCAGCUGCCGGGAGGCGAAUCGUGGCCCGCGAGACAAUCAAGCCAUUCCGAAAAGACGUGCUUGCCAAACUCCAUGCAAGUGACAUCACCCGCCGACGGAAACUUUUGGAGAAGCAGAAGGCAGGUCGAAAGCGUCUUCGCGCCGUGGGAAACGUGGUCAUUGAUCAAUCUGCAUUUCAAAGUUUUCUGGCGCGAUAAUGGCCGUCUGGUUCUGCCGUGUGCUGCCACAUCAUUCAGUUCGAUGUGGCAGUCUGAACCUCAUCAUCCGGAAGAUGGUAACCAAGUUCUACUAUGUCGACGCAUGAUUUGCCAAGACCACCGCGGAUCGUCGCGGUCCAUUGCAUCAGUUGCGGCAGCUGCCUUGGUUCAGCUGCUGCGACGAGUUCGAAGACUCUGAAAUCGCCAUUGAAGAACGAGAAGCCUGUCAGACCAGCGCGAAGGAAACCGGAAUGCGAGACAACAAACACAACCUUUUCUGGCCUUGCCUGAAGACUUCUCAGCCCAGUCUCGGCCCGAGCUAGGAUGGCACGCCGUGUGUACGCAUACGAGGCUGCACCGUGGGAAGUUUUAUCGGGAUAGAUGGGAUCGAUGGUCGAAAAGUCAACAGUCGGGAAGCGUUCCGCGAGGGUAUUAAUUGUGCUACCUGUGUCACAUGGCUUGAUGGAGUUCUCUGCGUCAUUGUCAGUCGAUGCGGUUAGAUCAAGUCGUUGAUAGCUUGGUCAACAGAAAUCGGACAUGUCACACCUUGCCAUGUGGCGUCGGCCCGGAUCUGCACGCCUUUGUCAACCAGCCAGUCUAACGAGAGCAAUGCGGUCUGGAUUGUGCGUAUCAUGGGGCUGACGAUGAUUGCGGCAUCUUGCACGUCGCCAAAAGUCUCUAGAAGACUCGAUCGAAGCUCCCGACACUGAGCCAGCCCAAGGGUAGAUAGCGGGGGAUCCGGAAUGGUAUAGUUCUGUAUCCGGGGUCAGAGUAUGUACGCUGCAGUUUCUUCG